AUGAUUUGCCAAUUGGCGAGUAUGAUCUCGGUUCUUGAAGAUGCCUAUGGAAGGAAGGCGAUGGCGAAGAGCAAGGGACUGAUAAAGGGCAAGAUGGACCUACGGGUUUGGUGUUUUCUUAGGGUCUUGGUGUGCUCCGUGCUGGUUCUGGCACUGUUUGGAUCCCUUGUGGUCUUGGACUGGGUUCCUAUUGGAGUCAAGAUCGGGGUUGGGCUGAUUUGCUUGAUGUUUCUGUCGACGCUGGUGCCGUUCGAUUUGGUCGCGCAGCCAGUGAUCUACUUCGCGUGCAAGUCCUACCACCAUGAGAACAUCGACGGCUCCUGCUUGUCUGAUCAUCUAGAGGGCUGUCGUGGAGAAUGCCCCUCUAAAGGCCAACAAGCUGUCCAGCUGGCAGCUUGA